AAAAUUACACGCAUCGAAUAAAUAGUUAAAUACAACUCUUAACCAUCUGUCACCGGCACCAUUAAAGCCUUCUCUUACGUGUUUAUAAAAUCUUAAAUCUCUACACUCUUUUAAAGCACCUAUUCUACAGAGAAGUUAUUGACUCACAAAUACAAAACAUGGGUAAGGACAAGGAGUAUAUUACAACGUCUUCGUUGGAAGAUUUGAUCGAGAAGGCCGGUGGUUGUGCUGUGGUCGAUGGAGGUUUCGCAACUCAGCUUGAGAAACACGGUGCUUCCAUUAACGACCCUCUUUGGAGUGCUCUUUGUUUGAUCAACGAACCUCACCUCAUCAAAACGGUUCAUUUAGAGUACCUGGAGGCUGGUGCUGAUAUUUUGGUUUCAUCAUCCUACCAGGCCACAAUUCCUGGAUUUCUGUCCAGGGGAUUGUCCAUUGAAAACACGGAGUCCUUACUCGAGAAAAGCGUUAAAGUAGCAGUUGAAGCCCGCGAUAAAUUCUGGGAUGCUGUUAAGAAUGUUCCUGGACAUAGCUACAACCGAGCUUUAGUUGCAGCCUCCGUUGGAAGUUAUGGAGCUUAUCUCGCUGAUGGUUCUGAGUACAGUGGGAAUUACGGACCUGAUGUAAAUCUGGAAAAGCUAAAAGAUUUCCAUCGCCGCAGAUUACAAGUUCUUGUGGAGGCAGGUCCAGAUUUGAUUGCUUUUGAAACCAUUCCCAAUAAGCUAGAAGCUCAGGCAUUUGUGGAGUUAUUGGAGGAAGAAAACAUGGAAAUUCCAUCUUGGAUCUGCUUCAGUUCUGUAGAUGGUGAAAAUGCCCCAUCAGGAGAAAGUUUUAAGGAGUGCCUUCAUAUAAUAAAUAAGAGCAACAAAGUAAAAGCAGUUGGCAUAAACUGUGCUCCUCCACAUUUUAUUGAGAGUCUCAUCUGCAAAUUCAAGGAGCUGACCGAGAAGGCAAUAGUUGUUUAUCCCAAUAGCGGCGAGGUCUGGGAUGGCAGAGCUAAAAGAUGGCUGCCAUCAAAGUGCUUUGGUGAAGAAAAUUUUGAGUUGUUUGCAACAAGAUGGCGUGAUUCAGGAGCUAAACUCAUUGGCGGUUGUUGUCGAACAACACCUUCGAACAUUCGAGCCAUUUCAAAGACUUUUAAAGAAAGAUCAUGAGUCUCAUUUUCCCACCUUGAGUUUCAUUGGUUGUUAUUCAGUUACUUCUGUUUCUACAGUAG